CCUGUAUGGGACGGAGGGAUCUGAUGCUGCUGCUAUCCUUGGUGAUGUACAGCUCAAUCCAAUUAGGCUUCACCUCCGGGCUGUGAUGCAGCGAGCGGGGCGAACACUCCUGCUCAGUCGAUGCUCCGCUGAGCGCUACGUGUGAUAACACGUCUUUACAAGCGCCGCUUUUCACUUUAAACCUACUAUCAUGGCUUCGUGGCGAGAAUAAUCAACACUUUCGGGUUUUUGUACAACUUCGUCUUUGUGCUUGAUUCCAGCGAGUUGUUUGUGAGAUUCGGUCUAUACAGAAUGAAGAGGAGCGACUGCCCUUUCAGCAGGGGUACCACUGACGCCUCGCUUCCCUGAGCUGAUGGAGGGGGAAAUAAGAGGCUGAUUGACUUCUUUUUGGUUGUUGAAGUAAAGGAACAAGAGGUGAACGGCGGGAAGGUGCAACCAUGGAGGGCCUUGUCUGAGGUGGAUUCAUCAUAGUACUUCUAAAAGACAUCUGAAUUAGCAUAACAUUUGAGCAGCAGCAGUCAUGACCGAGAGGGCAAACUUCGGGGCUCAGAGGGUCUCACGGCCACAGGGCUCACUCCCGCCAGAACCCAUCGACAUUAUCCGGACAAAAGCCAGAUCCAGAAGAGUCCGGAUCAAUGUGGGUGGGCUGGUCCACGAGGUGCUAUGGAGAACCCUGGAUCGACUGCCGCGAACCCGUCUGGGCAAACUCAGAGACUGCAACACCCAUGAAACCUUAAUGGAGAUCUGUGACGACUACAGUCUAAAUGAUAAUGAGUAUUUCUUUGACAGGCACCCAGGUGCCUUUUCGUCCAUUUUAAACUUUUACCGGACUGGCAAGCUACACAUGAUGGAAGAGAUGUGCGCUCUGUCUUUCGGUCAGGAGCUUGACUACUGGGGCAUCGAUGAGAUCUAUCUGGAGUCGUGUUGCCAGGCACGGUACCAUCAGAAGAAAGAGCAAAUGAAUGAAGAGCUAAGGAGAGAGGCUGAAACUCUCAGGGAGAAGGAAGGAGAUCAAGUGGACACGGGCUGCUGUCCAGACAAAAGGCAGAAGCUCUGGGAUUUGCUGGAGAAACCGAGCUCUUCUGUAGCGGCCAAGAUUCUGGCCAUAAUAUCAAUUCUGUUCAUCAUCCUUUCAACCAUUGCACUGUCACUGAACACCUUGCCUGAGUUACAAGUGAUUGAUGAAUUCGGACAAUCCAACGACAACCCGAACCUGGCCCACGUUGAAGCCGUUUGCAUCGCCUGGUUCACUAUGGAGUACCUCCUCCGGUUUUUGUCUUCACCCAACAAGUGGAAGUUCUUCAAAGGGCCGCUGAAUGUCAUUGAUCUGCUGGCUAUCCUUCCUUACUACGUGACAAUAUUCCUCACAGAAUCCAACAAGAGUGUCCUCCAGUUCCAGAAUGUGCGCAGGGUGGUUCAGAUCUUCCGGAUCAUGAGGAUCCUGAGAAUUCUGAAACUCGCAAGACACUCGACUGGUCUCCAGUCUCUUGGGUUCACUCUGAGAAGAAGCUACAAUGAACUCGGACUGCUGAUUUUGUUUUUAGCCAUGGGCAUCAUGAUCUUCUCCAGUCUGGUGUUUUUUGCUGAGAAGGAUGAAGAUGCUACGAAAUUCACAAGUAUUCCCGCUUCGUUCUGGUGGGCGACCAUUACGAUGACAACUGUAGGUUAUGGGGAUAUCUAUCCCCAAACCCUUCUGGGUAAAAUAGUAGGUGGUCUCUGUUGCAUCGCUGGCGUGUUAGUGAUAGCUCUGCCCAUUCCCAUCAUCGUGAACAACUUCUCAGAGUUCUACAAAGAGCAGAAGCGACAAGAAAAGGCUAUCAAACGAAGAGAAGCACUUGAGAGGGCCAAGAGGAACGGGAGCAUUGUGUCGAUGAACCUGAAAGAUGCCUUUGCUCGCAAUAUGGAGCUACUGGAUGUCGUGAUAGAAAAGAACGAGGAGAAGGGCGCAGACAAUCAUCUUUCACCCAGUCGCUGGAACUAUCAGAAGAACCAAAACUUGGACUUGGGUUCCAAAGGUUAUGAUGCGAAAUAUCAAGAAAUAGGUCAGCUGGCUUCUCCAGAUCGAUUCCUCAAACCUACUUCAAGCCCUCAGCGUCUGAACGCCAAAUCUCUCGAGCAAAUGUACAACCAGAUGACAGCCGCCUCAUCCAUGAGCAGCAGCGGACCUUCGGUUUCCAAAGCGAGCACUGUAAAAGAAGAAGAAAUGGAGAUGAAGGUUGUGCAGUGUGAACCACGGCACAAAGAGAGACCCAUCACUGAGAUAAGAAGCCUGUCCAGCGUCGACAGUUUCGCCAGCUGUGCCACAGACAUCAGUGAGGUAGAGCGAAGCGCGCUACUGCCGAAUUUCUCAGGAGCAAGGCAUCCACGCGCUCCUCCGCCGCUAGACCUCAGCCAGAUCAGCUCCCUGGAGAAGCGGCCACCUGAGAAAGCAAAGCAGCCCACGAUCAUCAAAGAAGGCCUCUACGAGUUUGUCCCGUGCAAGUCAGACAGCAGCACCAUGUCGCAGGGAGAAGAGAACCAAAGCUUUGAUCCGAGCGGGGAAAACGUGAGGAGCCCUCCACGAGGAAACCAAGUCAAAGCCAAGGGACUCAAAGUGAACUUCACCGAAUCUGCAGACGAGGGGGCUUCCAACUUGCACUUAGUCGUGACGGAUGACGCAGCCACACUGACACCAAAGCUACCGGUAUCUGACCCACUACUUCUGGCAGGUUCUCCAAGGCACAGUCCCAGAUCUCCAGGGAAAGGCUUUGAAGGAGACGGAGCCACAGGCUCUCCAGGGCUCAGCCUGUCGUCUUCUGAAAGCCAAAGAGGGAGAAACCACGUCGAUAGAGCCGCCGUUACUCCCACCUCCCCUAAAAGUGCACAAAACUGUGCUUCUGCCACGGUUGGUGCCAUUGGAGCAGAAGACAACAUUCAAAGUGGACAGAAGGUGGACAACCACCUCCUUUCCCCUGAUAUUCUCAAGUCUUCAGGCGAGGGAGGUCGCUCACCACCGUGUGAAACGAGCAUGUGAUGCGACUAACUUAUAGAACGAUUGCAUCAAAGUAUGUGGACAGAAAGAGGCAUACUGAUGUAGUGAAGGGGACUUUAUUUUGUCUUUCUUCAACACUGUCGGACUGCACAGCCGCAGAGAUUGACUUUGUGAUCCUGAGAGAAGGUCUGCUCUUGACAAGAGAGAGCUUAGUGAUAUUCAUACAGAGGGAGGGCGUUAAACAAAUCAUACUCUUAUUAUUCUAUCAUUAUUGUUAUUUUGUAACAGUACAACCCUCCAUUUGAAGGAUUAGUUAGCUGAAUCAUAUAUCUUUUGAAUCAGACUGAUUCAGACAAGUGUGAUAAGAUACCACAAAUUGUUAUUUGUGAUUUUCAGCCCACUAAGCAUAUUUUUAAAGACUAACCACUGUAACAUUUUUGCUGGGUUUGUUUAAUAGUUCUGACCAAAGUGCUACCAGUGUAAAUUGGCAGACUUUAAAUAAUAUUUUUGACCAAAAUAUGCCUUCAUUUGAUAUUAUUCCUCAGUGGUUUUCAGUUCUCUGCAAAUGCGGAUCAAAUCAAAUUCAAAUUUUUCUUCAACCGUCCCUUUGAGUAAGUCAUAGAAACAUACCAAAAUAAAACACAUCAGUACUAAAUAUUCUGAUAUCUAUAUGAGCAUGUCUGUUUCAGUGAAACACCAGUUCAAGUGUUUCCAUUUGCAUCACUUUAUAGCUGAGCCAUAGUCUACUUAGAAAUACAUACGUUCUUUAAAUAAAUAGUUUAGCAUGGUUACUGCUGUGGGCAACUCUCUCCGCAUCAGUGAAACUGUAUGGAAAGAUCAUUGUUUUUAAACUGCCUUCAAUUCAGAAACCUACAACGGCCAUAGUAAAUCAACUAUGCCCUCUGCUGGAUGAAGGAAACGGCACUUUAUUUCUACAGGAUGUCAGCUUGACUGGAUGGGAAUAUUGUACAUUAAAAAACAUUAUUUUAAAGUUCCUCUCUUGAUGUGCAAAACAGUUUGCCGUGUCACAAGGAGGUCAUUGGA